AUGGAAGAUGAUUCGGUGGAAGUAUCUGAUUAUGAUUUAGUGAUUGCAUCUUUCAAUAUAUUGAAAGCAAAACCGAAUCACUUUAAGCGCAAAUGGAAGUGGUCAGAAUUUUAUCCAUUUUUGACGCAUCUUGACGACAAAGUUAAAUGGAUUGCAUGGAAGUGCCUCGGAAUUAUUUUAGAUAUGUCUGAACCCCUGCGUUUGAAAUGUGCUCAGUCAGUAAUUGAUUCAGUAGUCGUAGACAAAUUUCUAAUAGAGUCUAAAAAACAAGGUUUUAAGAUAGCUGUCUCUGUGUCUGAAACUGCGUCCCAGGAAGUGGAUCUUAUAGUAGAAAAAACAAGAUCCGUUGUUUCGGUUUCUGGUGUUUUAUUACCCAUUCUGAACAAUAAUCGAGAUAAGUUACAAUCUUCCCUCGUACCCGUCCCAUCGUUGGAGGAGAAUUUACGUAGUUUGGCUCUGGCAGUUGCUACAGGAAAAUGUGUCUGCGUUCAAGGAACAGUUGGAUGCGGAAAAACCAGUAUAAUCGAGUAUCUGGCACAAGUCACUGGUCGAGGUCAAUCUGAUUUUAUUCGAGUUCAGUUGGGUGACCAAACAGAUUCAAAAAUAAUGUUGGGUACAUAUCGAUGCACCGAAAUUCCGGGCGAAUUUGUUUGGCAGCCUGGUAUUCUGACAAGAGCUGUGGUUACUGGAAAGUGGCUACUUUUGGAAGACAUUGACAGCGCCACUUUAGAUGUAGCAAGCACCUUAAGUAGUUUACUGGAAACAGGAACUUUAUCUGUUCCGGGACAUCGAGAUUUGAUUCAUGCCAAAAGUGGAUUCCAGUUGUUUGUUACACAAAGAUUAUUCUCAUCUACAACCGGGUUUCGUAAACCCGUAUCAACUGCAUCAAACAUGCUUGCAAAACACUGGAGUUGUGUAAAUAUGGAAUCAUUCUCCAAGGAGGAAUUAAUACAAAUCAUAGAAACUCUAUUUCCAAGAUUAAAUACAGUUGCUUCGAAAAUGGUGGAAGUCUUCACUUUAUUUCAAUCGGCUGAAGAAAAUGAUUUGGACUAUAAAACGUUGACUUCUAGAAGUGGAAGAUUGAUUUCGACAAGAGAUUUGAUCAAGUGGUGUUCUAGGACCGUUGUUUAUUAUGAUGGGCCGAUGUCUGAUACUAAAAAGGAAUACCUCUUUAAGGAUGCAAUUGACAUUUUUUGCUGCGCUGUCGCUGAUGAGGAAAAAAGACGGCCCCUUAUAAUAGCUGUCGGUCACAAGCUCGGUUUUAAUAAAAUCAAAGCAGAAACCUUUUGUCAAACAUACAAGCCUUUAAUUACAUCUGAAAAAGAAUUCGUAGCUGGUCGCGCAAAAUUACUUCGAAAGAAGCUUCUUUACGCCGAUAUGGAACGAACGAAACUUCAUUUUUCAUUCACACGUCCCUCUGCCUGUUUGUUAGAACGCAUUACCUGUUGUGUAGCUCAAAAAGAGCCAGUGUUGCUUGUGGGUGAAACAGGAACUGGAAAAACAAGUUCAAUACAAUAUCUAGCACAAAGUACGGGCAACACUCUAAUAGUCAUUAAUAUGAAUCAACAAAGCGAAAGCGUUGAUCUGUUAGGAGGAUACAAACCAGUAGAUCUUAAAUUUUUAAUAAAACCGAUAAGAGAAGAGUUCGAAAUACUGUUUCGAUCAUAUUUCGCUGUCGAGCCCAAUAGAAAAUACUUGGCAUGUUUAGCUCAGUGCUAUAAAGAACAAAAAUGGGAUUAUCUUCUAAAAUUGAUGACAGUAAGCACUGUAAGAGCUGUAAAGAGAUUAAAAGAUUGCUUGCAAAACAUGGAAGAAAAAGGCGCCAACAAUAAAGAGAGUGAGUUGUUGAUUAGAUGGGAGAAGCUCUUUUUAAAAUUAGAAAAACUUUCGUCGCAAGCGAAGGCAGGAUUAUCCUUAGGUUUUGCAUUUGUAGAAGGAAGUCUCGUUAAAGCUAUACAGAAAGGCUAUUGGGUUCUACUUGACGAAAUUAAUUUAGCCAACGCGGAAACUUUAGAGUGCUUGUCAGCAUUGUUAGAAGGUUCUUCCGGCUCCUUAUCACUAUUAGAAAGAGGCGAUGAAGAUUCAAUUAAAAGACAUCCUGACUUUACUCUAUUCGCCUGCAUGAAUCCAGCGACGGACGUUGGUAAAAAGGAACUACCCGUCGGUCUUAGGAACAGAUUUACCGAAUUUUACGUCGAUGAACUAACAUCAAAAAUAGAUUUGCAACUAUUAGUAGACUCGUAUCUUCGAGAAUUAAACCUACCAAUAUCUAAGCACGAGGCGAUUGUUAAAUUUUAUUUGAGCUUGCACAAGGAAGCGAACAUGAUUUUAAAUGACGGCACCAUGAAUAAACCACAUUACAGUUUAAGAACACUAUGCAGAGCCUUAAGCAUCGCAGCUUCCAAUCCUUGUGGAAAUAGUUUGCGAUCUUUAUACGAAGCUUUUUGUCUAAGUUUCUUGACUCAGCUGGAUCACAAGUCCUAUCCGAUUGUACAAAAUAUGAUCAUUAAAAGCAUUUUGAAUAAAAGCCCAGAAGCUAUAAUUCGCGCACCUAUUCCGAAGCCGAAGAGCAAUCAGGGCCAGGAAUAUAUUAAUUUCGAAGGGUACUGGGUUCCAGAAGGAACUGCGGUUCCUGAAGAACCUAAAAAUUACAUACUGACAUCCUCCGUUAAACGAAACUUGAAAGAUAUUGUACGAGCAGUCUCAAUAGGAAAAAUGCCAAUACUCCUGCAAGGAGAUACUUCUGUGGGGAAGACAAGUUUAAUUACCUAUCUUGCUAAAGCAUCUGGUCACGUAUGUGUACGUAUAAACAAUCACGAACACACAGACUUGCAAGAAUAUGUGGGUAGUUAUGUUGCUGACGAAACUGGGAAGCUAAUUUUUCGAGAAGGUAUAUUAGUUGAAGCUAUGCGCAAAGGAUAUUGGAUUAUUCUCGACGAAUUGAAUUUAGCACCCAGCGAUGUUUUAGAGGCACUCAAUCGAGUUCUAGAUGACAACAGAGAACUGUUUAUACCAGAGACGCAACAGGUUGUGAAAGCUCAUGACAACUUUAUGCUUUUCGCCACUCAAAAUCCUCCAGGACUCUACGGAGGGCGAAAAGUCCUCUCAAGAGCGUUCAGAAACAGAUUUGUUGAGCUUCAUUUCGACGAAAUACCUCCAGAGGAAUUAGAAAUAAUAUUAGAAAAAAGAUGCCAUAUGCCGAAAUCGUCUUGCAAACAGAUCAUUAAUGUGAUGAAAGAUCUUCAGAUUAGACGAAAAACGACUGCAGCGUUUGCGGGUAAGAAAGGUUUUAUAACUUUGCGAGAUCUGUUUCGAUGGGGUGAAAGGUACCGUCUGGCACCAGAUGUUGGUGAACAGUUCUACGAUUGGAGACAACAUUUAGCUGACGAAGGUUAUUUAGUACUCGCUGCCAAAGUUCGUCUUCCCAAGGAAGAAGCUGAGAUAAGGGAAGUUAUUAAAAAACAUCUGGGUCGCGUUGUUAAACCGCACGAUCUAUUCACUCUGAAUGAAACCACGUCAACUGUCACGAAACAUAUUCUUGAAGAAAUACAAAAUGAAGACAUUUCCAAUUUCAAGCACAUCGUUUGGACCUACCAUCUGAGAAGGAUGGCUGUUUUACUAAGAAAAUCUUGUCAGUUCAAAGAACCAGUUUUACUCGUGGGAGAAACAGGUUGUGGUAAAACAACUGUAUGCCAAUUAGUAGCUGCUAUGCAAAAGCAAAAACUACAUGUCGUUAAUUGUCACAUGCACACCGAAUCUUCAGAUUUUCUUGGAAAUUUGAGACCAGUAAGAAACCAGACUGAUGAUGAUAAUCAGAAAUUCUUCGAGUGGGUUGAUGGACCUUUAAUUCACGCAAUGACAAACGGUGAUUUGUUUUUAGCCGAUGAAAUAUCAUUAGCGGAUGAUAGCGUACUUGAGAGAUUAAAUUCGUUAUUAGAACCCGAACGUACUCUCGUGUUGACUGAAAAAGGAAUUGAUUUAACGAAUCCGAAUACAACAGAUAGCAUAAUUGUUGCUAAUGAACGACUCUUUUUCGUUGGUACAAUGAAUCCUGGUGGCGACUAUGGAAAGAAAGAACUGUCUCCUGCACUGAGAAACAGAUUUACCGAAAUUUGGUGUCAUCCUUGUACGGAACGAGACGAUUUGAAGAUCAUAAUCGAGCACAAUUUAGACAAAAACCUUUCCGAGAAAAAACCAAGCAUCGCUCUGUGUAUCCUGAACUUUGUUGAUUGGAUCGCAACCUCUGAACUCUUCAAGAACUUCAUUAUUAGCACAAGAGAUAUACUCAGUUGGGUCAAUUUUAUUAAUAUUGCGACAGGAGGUAAACAGUUGCUUUUGGAAGAUGCGAUUUUGCAGGGAGCGUGCCUAACUUAUACGGAUGGACUUGGUUCUAAUACAAGUUCAGGCAGUUCCAAUCAGUUAGAGGUAUUUAAAUACAGUGCUUUCAAAUUUUUGACCCGACAAAUAGAAAGCUUACUGGGAACUUGUCCAAGUAUAGAAAAGCUAACAGCCAUUGCUGAUCUCAAAGUCCAAACAGAAGAAUUGUUCGGUAUUGAGCCCUUCUUCAUUGAGAAAGGUCCUGACUAUUCCAGAAAUAGUGAAAGAUUCACAUUUAUAGCACCAACAACCAAACUGAAUACGCUGAAACUCUUGAGAGCCAUGCAGAUAAAAAAGCCAAUUUUAUUAGAAGGAAGUCCAGGAGUUGGUAAAACAAGUUUGGUUUCUGCAGUUGCUAAAGCAUCAGGACAUUCUUUGUUCAGAAUUAACUUGAGCGAUCAAACAGAUGUCUGCGACCUUUUUGGAACGGAUCUUCCUGUAGAAGGUGGCAAAGGAGGUGAGUUUUCCUGGAGAGAUGGACCAUUUUUGCGCGCUUUGCGAGCUGGUCAUUGGAUUUUGUUGGACGAAUUGAAUUUAGCUUCGCAGGCCGUACUUGAGAGUUUGAAUGCCUGUUUCGACCAUCGCGGAGAAUUAUUCAUCCCAGAACUUGGCAAAACAUUCUUCGUCAAGCCAGGAACUAAAUUCUUUGCUUGCCAGAAUCCGAUGAGGCAGGGAGGAGCGAGGAGAGGAUUGCCGAAAUCGUUUUUGAAUCGGUUUACACAAGUUUACGUCAGUACCUUAACAGAGGAGGACUUAAAACUCAUAACCACCUCUCAAUUCCCAGAAUUGCCGCAGAAUUUGGUGCACAAGAUGGUUGACUUUAAUUCAAGAAUGUCGACGGAAGCAGGUAUCCUUUGGGGUAUAAAUGGAUCUCCUUGGGAAAUGAAUUUGCGAGACGUUAUCAGAUGGUGUGAAGCAACUAUUUCUUCAGCUCAAAGUUAUUGUGAUGAGAGUGACAUGUUUUAUAAUCCCGGCUCUUCUGUGGAAUUGAUUUACGUUGACAGAAUGCGAACUGAUGCUGAUAAAGAAAAAGUUCGCGAGAUAUACAAAGAAGUAUUUCCAGUGGAUAAGUAUCUUCUUCCUCCUAGCCAACCGAUCAUCCAUGUCACGAAUGACAAAUUAUAUUUUGGUGAUACAAUUUUGAAUCGAAAUCAAUCAUCCGUUUAUGAAGAGGGCAUGUUGCUGUUGCGUGAUCAAAUGACAGCUCUGAAGAGUCUUGCGCAGUGCAUUAACAUGAACUGGAUGUCGAUUCUUGUCGGAGGACCAGGCAGUGGAAAAAGCAGCGUUGUUCGAGUGAUUAGCCAACUGGCAGGGCAGAAAUUAAAAACUGUAGUCGUCAACUCUGCGAUGGACACAAACGAAAUUCUGGGUGGAUUUGAGCAAACUGACUACAAUAGACAUCUUGAGCAACUUUUUGAACAAACAGAAAAUUUGGUAAUCGACAUUCUGAAAACAAAGCUAAACAAGGACAAUAUUGAGGAAGUCAGAACCUACCACAGGUUUCUAGAAGAUGUUAGGAACACAGUUUUUGACGAUUACGAGUCACUGACGUCUAGUAUGGAAACUGAACUCUUUUUACAAAAGCUCGAAGUGUUGUCCGGCUUCAUUUAUGACACUAAAAAACUAGGGUUUUAUCUGGAGGAUCUGGAUCAAAUAGCAGAUAAAUUGGAUACUCUUUUGAGUAUUGUAAAACAGGAGAGUUGCUUAAAUGCCGGAGGCAAAUUCGAAUGGGUGGACAGUUUGCUCGUAAAGUGUCUCCAGGAUGGAUCUUGGCUUUUGGUAGAUCAAGUCAACUUUUGCAGUCCAGCCUUGUUGGACAGACUUAAUGGUUUAUUGGAACCGAACGGAGUUCUCACAAUAGGCGAACGGGGCACUGGAAUUGACGGAAAUAUAAUGACUAUUAAACCACACAAAAACUUCAGGCUCUUCUUAACAAUGGAUCCAAGGUACGGAGAGAUUUCGAGGGCAAUGCGAAAUCGAGGAAUAGAAAUCUACUUACUCGAUACGAAAAAAACUUCUUCUGGUGUCAAACUCGAUGUAAGAUCAAUGUUAUUCAAUUUUGGUCUUGUGAGUAAAAAGCAUCAAGAUACAUUAUUCGAAAUUCACGAGAAAAUAUCGCAAGAUGUAUCAACGACAGAGACAUUGAAUGUUAUUCAGCUACUCCAGUCGGCGUUUUUGAUAAGUCAGCAAAUUUCAAGAGGUUUUCCUUUAGUACCAUCUUUCGAGACUAGUUGCGAAGAUGUAUACUUGAAAGCCCGAGCGAUAACUCAGCAGCAAACGAAAGAACGACUUGUAUCCUUGAUUCAGGAAUCGUUGAAUAAUUUGAAGGAUACUGAUUUAGAGAAAAGAUCUGUUGACCUGAGUACAAUAACCUGGAAAAUAGCGGACUGUUUGGAAAACUCGAAACUCGCAUCCAUAAAGCAAGAAGGAGUGUUACUUAGUUACUGUAUUUACAAUAAACUUGACAAUGAAAAGUUAACAUUGGAAGAUUUGACGAAAUUUGUUUACUUGGAUCAUCUUGAAGAUAUCAAAAGUACUACCAUUGAUGAAAUGUUGCCAUUUUUGUUAUUGGACUUUUAUGAAAAAUCUUCCAAGAAUGAUGUUGAUUUAAGAAACCAAUGGCUCGUGAAACAAAUUGAGAACGCGGGUAUAAAGAAGAUUGACGUAUGUGAAAAAUUGAAAGAGGAAGUUUCUUUAUUCGAAUUCCAUUAUCCGAAUGACGGAUUACCUUGGGAUGUACCUCAACUUCCACGGGCUGUUACGAGAGAAGUAAAGGAUAAAUGUGUUCAUGAUGCUCACAGAUUAGCAUUGCUUCUCUAUUGGAGAUUCAUUGAUAAGGAGGUAUCAAAGAAGGAACCACUUAGUGGAUGGACCGUCAAACGAUAUUCAUCCGAAGUGUUGAAUGGGACUGUGACACCCCUUUUCAAGGAUCAUCCACUUAUAACGUGUUUCACUGCCUUCACGAAUCAAGUUCGAAAAUGUAUAGACUCAAUGCUCAGAGAAGAAUCCCUUCUUCUAGAAGCACCAGAUUAUGUAAAACUGAGACGCAACUUGAAAUGGUACAAAAGAUACUCAGAUCUAGGAAAUCUACUUUUGAAAACUGAAAACUUAGAAGCAAGUUCAAAUAAUCUCAGUGAAAUCAAUUUACUAUUGAAAGUGAAUUACAAGUGGGUAGUCAAGUUUAUAAGAAUCUUCGUUACAAUGUUCACUGGAUUGAGUAAAAAUGGUAAAAUUGAGCUCGAAAUUUUGUUCCGGAUGAUAGAUGAUAUCAAGAAAAGCUUAUUUUCUCUGUACGACCCGGUCGUCAAGGUAUCCAAAAAAGUUAAAGCUGCCAUGUGUCUGCCACUGCCACAUCCUUCGAAACUUAUUGCAGGCUCAUUUUCACAAUUGGCAAAAUUAUCGCAUUAUCUACUGCCUUGGAAAAAUCGCGGUCAACAAGAAGACUUCGAAAAACAUUUGGUAGCUUUAUUGUCUGCUGAAGGGUUGAAUGUUCGACGCGAAUUAGUUUCUCUUUGGUAUACGUUUUUCACAACUAACUCAUUCGAAGAAGGAGUCGAUCAGAAUCUUUCGAAUGCAGAGGAGUUCUGUGUGCAAAAUCGUUUGAAUUUAGAAUAUGCGAUUCCGACGGAGGAAGAAACGAAUCCAUUGCAGUUAUUGAACCAGACAGAAUUAGCAGCACUUUCAACCAAUCUUCAAUUGUGGCCUUUUUACGAGUACAUGUUCCGCUUGCUAAUUUCCAGAGUUGAAAGAGUAACAGUGGAAAAAGUGUACGAAGGUAGUGAAAAUGUAAAUCUUACAACACAAUUCUGGCAAAAGUGGGCUGAAAUUCCAAGCAUACCAAUAGAGAUAUUGGCGAUAUCCAAUGCUAUUCUUGUUAGAAACGAGGAUCCAGAGAAAAUAAGCCGUUUAGUUCCAGCCUUAACCUAUUUGCUGGCAAAGAUUACUCGAAGGUCUUGUGCUAUCAAUGAUUACAAAAGAAUAUCACACUGGGAAGGAGAACCUGAGAAGCAUUUAGAAAUUUCCUCUUCUAUCGUCAACACUCAGGAAUUGGAAAACUACAAUCAUAAACCAGAAUUAUUAAAUUUGGUAUUGGAGUUGUUGUUGAAUAAAUCCCAAGACAAAAAGAACUCAUCCAUUCUUGCGAUGCCUUCCCUCGGCGCGCAUGAAGCUCGUAUUACUCAACUCAAAAAGCUUAAAACUUUAUUGUGGAAAAAUAGCAUUUCCCUUAAUUCCAAAAAGUUUGACCCUCUGGUCAAUGAUCAAAAGAUUUUAUUCACUUGCUCCAAUCAGUUCCUGUCAUUAAGUGAAAGACUGAAUCUUGAGAGUGAAUUAGGUAACUUAAUAAAGACAGAAAAGAAUCCUCUUACAAAUUUCAAAGAACUUCUUCAAAAUUUACAAAGUUCAUCAGAGUCUGAGCUUAAUCUUCUCCAAAGGGGAGAAGCUUGGACUUUGCUUGGAUAUCUUGAAACUUUACUUUUUACCUCUCUUGGAUACAUAGAUCCUCUGUAUAAAGUAGAGCAAAAACUUCGCUAUGCUGAAGAAGACAUCAGAGAUUUCAGAAGAACCAUUUAUACCAGUAUUUUGCAGUCUCGACUUCUUGGAGAUGCCGAAUCGCUUACAACUUUGCAUCCCCGUUUCGCAGAAAUAGAAGCAACCGUAAACCAGAUUAUUAAUGAGAGGGACAUACUGCAAAGCAAAAAGGCUUUUCGACCUUCUGACAGCGAAUUUUUGAACCUAGCUAAAGAUUUCGAAAACUUCCGAAACACCUUAGGUAGUUAUGAGGUAAUCCAUAGUCACAUUUACGAAAUUACAACGGCUGCUGAAGCUUUUGUUCAGAACAAGAAUCAGGAUAUUAAACAAGCAGAAAGUGUUGUUCGCAAAGCGGAAACGUGGCAAGAGUCUUUGAGCCAAUUCAUGGAUCGGGUUGAAAUUCGAUUUUUGCCAUCAUAUCCAGAUCUUGUUUUACCAGCAUUUGCGGCCUUGUCUGACAUGAGGCGCGGAAUUUGUAUGUUGGUUAAUGAACUAGAAAAAUUUAUUUCCAUAGCGACAACUAGUUAUCAAGACUUUACUGUCGAAGGAUUAAUUGAAAAAUUGGUCUCAUAUCCUACUAUUGGUCCCAACCAAUUAAGUUUACUUCAACUAGUGAACAACUGCACGUCCAAAUCUACCAGAGAACUUAUAAAUAAAAAUUUAGCAACAGAUAACGCGUUUGACAUCUCUGAGGAACAAUUAAAAAUAACUCUCUCUGGUUUACACGAAUUGCACAAUCAUAUAUUGCUAAAUGGAAGACUCUCGAAACCUUUGUGGCAUCAAUUGAGCGACUUGAUGCACCAAAUUAUUUUAAUUUGGAAGAAGCAACAACAAGAAGUUCUAAAGCGAAAAGCCGAGGAAGAAAGUAUGUACAAAAACAAAGCUCAAAUACAUGGCGAACAGUUGAUCGAGGAAGAAGAAAUCAAGCAAGAACUGAAGAACUAUUUCCCUACUUAUGGCAGUGAAGAUUUUAAUGAUUUAGAAAUUGAUUCCGAUCUUAUGGACACCGAAGAAACCAAAACUGUUGUAAGUGACCGCAAAUGUAGUCAUAUUUCAAGCGAAGAGAUCCAGUUAGUUCAAAAGUUGUAUUCUAGUAUUUUGAGAUCUUGCACUGCUUCUGACUGGAUAAAACCACCUCCUCAAGUCGAAAAUCUGGACUACAUCGAACCAUUAGUCAUGCGCUACAAUACAGUUGGCCUCUUAUUAGAAAAUGCUUCAAUCUCCUUGAGUCCAAAACUCUCACAAGAUCUAUAUCCCAGCUUAAAUUUGCUCACUGAAAUAACACGAUGUGUGAGUCAGGGAGAAGAAAUGGGAACAAAACAGAAGAAUCCUUUUGAUUUUUAUAAAGACAGUAACGUCUCCGAAGUGAGUUCCUGUUUACAACUGCUGAGAAAUAUUUUCGACAGGGUGAAUUUUUUCUUACAUGAGUGGCCCGACCAUCCAACCCUGAAAUUCAUCCACGUCGUGAUACAAAGAAUUCUUCAUUUUCCAAUCACUUCUUCACUUUCAAGAUUCUUGAUUGGUUUAGAACUUCUAUUAACAAAAAUGAAGGAGUGGGAAGAAAAUGCUCACAAGGGAGUUAGUCUUUUCGAUCACAUGAAUCUCCUCACUCAACAGAUUGUUUCUUGGAGACGACUCGAGCUCUCUUUCUGGAAGGAUUGUUUGAAUGUAGCUUCCCAAAGGUUUAAAUUACAAAGUGCAAAGUGGUGUUUCUGGCUCUACAUUUUAUUGGAAUCUUAUAUCAAUAAAUCUUACAUUCAAGGUGAAGCUGAUUACCUCAAUCUGGAAAAUAAUCCGGAUUUCCCGAAGGAAGAUGAGCUCACUCCUCAAAAGUUAGCAGAAACCCUACACUUUUUCAUAUCGAAAUCGCCACUAGGGGAAUUUGAUGUAAGACUCGAGUUGCUCUUAACUUUCCACUGCCACGCUUUCUUCUUUGAUCCAAGUUCAGAAAGAGACGAGGUAUUGGCAAUUACAUGGAAUAUUUACAAAUACUACAAACAGUUUACGAACGAAGUAAAUACCAAGAUUAACAGCAUCAGAGCACCGAUUGAGAAGAAGCUGAAGGAUUUCGUUAAAAUCACUCGUUGGAAUGACAUCAGUUACUGGGCAGUGAAGGAAACCAUCGCCAAGUCUCAUAAAACGUUGCUAAAAUUCAUUAAAGAACUCGAAAAGGGAUUGAGAGAGAAUGUAACAUCGUGUUUAUUCGUGAAACCAGCAACUAGUGGAACCUUGAACAAAGCUUUUGACAGAAAUGAGCAGAACUCGAUCAAUCCAGAAACGUUUAUAGUUUCAGUAGAGACAGCAAAAAAGCUUAACAUAAGCUACCCAAAGCACAAAAUCAUCCUAAAACCUAAUGAUCUACAUCAAAUGAUGAUACAGCUCAAGAAUAGGAUCUCGACUUCUCAGUAUUUGGAAUUGCGUAUGCAGCUUGAGGAAUUUAUCGAAGAUUACAUGGAACGUAGUGCCAAUUUGAAGAAAAUAGAAAUUGAUACAACUUUAGAGAAACCCAAGCAAGUAUCACAUGCAAAGAGUGUUUUGCAACAGAAGAAAAAGGCUCUAGCUGAUUUCUUUAAGCUGAUAGCACACGUGGGCGUUUCAUAUCGAAUUGGUAUUUUAGCAUGGAAGAACAAAGAAAACACAGUGAUAGAUUUGAUGGUCUCUCCCUUGGACCUCAACGCAGCCUUGAGAAACUUUGAUUCAGAAGCUGACAAGUGGAUACUCUCCCAGUGGAAAGGUUGUGAGAAUUAUUAUAAUAAAGCAGUUGCCGAAUUUAUCGCCUUGAAUCAAACCUUAUCGAAAGCGCAUGAAGAUUUGGGACCUUUAAACGUUGAGAGAUUCAAAGGAUACUCGGCACAUAUGAUGUUAAUGGCAAACCAACAGAAGAGAACUCUGACUGAAAAAAUAAAAUACUUUGUUGCUCUUCGUUCUCAAGUCUCAAGCUUGGCGGAACUAAAUGGGGACGGGGAUCUGAAUCUUCCUAAGCAGUGGAAUUUGCUUGAAAACGCUCAAAAUUUGAAGCGAUUGUUGGUGAUUUUGCAACCAUGCUUGGAACAGUUGCAGCUUUACUUGCAAGCUUGUCCAUCUCAAUCUGAUAUUGGUGAAAACGAGAUCUACGACCUAGAACCAAACGCCUUGGCUAUUCUGAACGCCACCAAAGAAGAUUCAGCUUGGGAGAAAGUGAAUUCUCUAAUCAAAGAUUGCUCUCUAUCAGCGCGAGUUAUCUCUGGUCAAUUUGAUUCCGUCUUCCGAAAUGUGAAUACUCUUUUCGAAAACGAGAACGGUUGCAUGAAUUGUGUUCCAGUUUUUACGUCUAGACAUUUAAACUAUUUACAUGAAAGUUACAAAGGGCUGGAGAGCGUAAAAUUAGCGCUGGCUGAAUUUGCAAAGACAUUCGGCAUCACUGAGGGUUUAAACCACCCGAUUCUUAGAAGCGUUCAGUUCAUUAGUGAAGAAAUAUCUAGAAGUAUACAGGAGUUUGAUGAUCUUCAAAGUAAAGUCAGCAGUCAGGUGGAGCUGCAAAUUCCGAGUGAUAGCAUGGUACCUAAAUUUGACGAAAUGUUGACGGAAGUGCUUUGUAUUGCGUUAAGAGUGAUUCGAAUUAAGAACAAAGUUAAUUCAGACAUGAAGAGUUCUUCUCAUGAAGCACCAGAUCAACUAAAGAAGAGCUCUUUAAGCGAAAUGCUGAUUAAUUCUUUGAAAAAAAAUAUCACAGAGAUGAAUUUAGAGGAUGUUUCCGAAAAGUUCAACAAAAUACUUCUGAUGAUACACAACCUAGAGGGUGCAAGUGCAAAUUUGCAUUUCAAGGAAAUUGUCAAAUGUUUGCCAUUACUUGAACAAUAUUUAUUGUAUGUUCAGUUUUAUUUGAACGAGCAAGUAGCUACUUUAAGAUUAACAUCCAAAAUGUUGCACUUGCAGUUAAAUGUUUUUCUCGAUUUGGCUACAAAUGGUUUUUGCAUACCGAAGAAUCUUGAUCUGGAUGCAGACGCUGACGGUGAAGAAGGUUCCCAGCAAAACUCAAGUAAAGGUGGAAUGGGAUUGAGCAAUGAAGAAGGAGUUAAGGAUGUUUCUGACAGGAUCGAGAGUGAAGAUCAAUUAGAAGAGGCAAAGCCUAUGGACCAGGAAGAAAAGGAAUCGGAAAACAAGGAUUGUGCGGAAGAAGAAAAUGGAAUUAACAUGUCUGAAGACUUUGAGGGUAAAAUGCAGGAUAUUGAGAAAGGAGAGAACGAUAGUGAAAAGAGCGAUGAUGAUGAUGAUGAUGGAGACUUGGAUAAGGAAAUGGGUGAAACGAAGGAGGGAGCAGAUCAGCAAGAUGAAGAAAUCUGGGGUAAAGAUGAGGAGGAGGUUGAAGAGAAUGAUGCCAAGGAGGAUGGUAAAAGUGGAAGGGGAGAGGAACUAGACGAUAAAACAAUGGGUGCGAAAGAAAAUGAUGAAGGAUUGCCCGAGGAGUCUAAAGAAACUGGAGAUAUUGAAGAAAAAGAAGAGAUAUCAGAAAUGAACGAACCCGAUAUUAAUGAUGAUCAGAUCGAUCCAUACCACGGAAAACAGCAACCAGAGAUUGAGCCAGAAGACCUUGAUUUGCCAGAUGACAUGAAUUUGGAUGAUGCAGAUGGUGGAGAGGAUCAAGGACAGCAAGAAGAUGCAUUUGAUAUCGACAAUAUGAAAGAACCAGUUUUGCCUACUGUAGAUGAAACGGAAAAAGAUGAAAAAGAGGAUGAAACUAAAGAUGCUGAGAAUAAUGAAGGCGAUGAGACUGGUUCUAAUGCUGAUAGUGAGGAGGAAUCACCUACUGGCAAAGAUGUUGAAGCUGUUCCAAUCCAAACUGAACCCGGAAAGAAUGAAGAACCUGAAGCUAUUACUGAAGAAAAUGAAGAAGUUGAUCAACAAACUGUACCUGAUCUUGACGAUACUAAUAAAUCAUCUGACAAUGCGAUGCAAGUAGAUGUCGGUAUGGAAGGAACUCAAGAUGAAGUUAGUAGUGGUAUAGAAAAAGAUGAAAAACUUUUGCGAAAGGAAAACGUUCAAGAAUCGCAAAAUGAUUCCGGUACUGGAAGAUCGAAUCAAGGCAUGGGAAACACGGAAGCUUCUUUACAAGACGGAGCGCAGACUGAUCAGAAGAAUACUGAAGCAAACCAAAAGAAGAAGAGAAAGUCUCCUAAAGAAACAGAGAAUAGAAACACGACUUUGAUGGAUGAGCAAGAACCGCAUGUGAAGAAAACAAAGACAAGCAUUCAAGAACGACAAGAUACAGAAGAUGUGGAUAACAGUGAGAAUCAACUGGAUGAUGAAGAGGCUAAUGAAGAUAUGGAGUAUCGACACGUUGAUAAUAAGGAAAGUCACAAUCGCUACGCAAUCGAUGCAGCUACAGAAGAUCAAGUGAAGGAACAAGCGACAAAAAUUUCGAUGGAUGUUGAUACUGAAGAAACUGAAGAGCCAGCAGAUGCAAAUAUGCUGCAUGAGGAUGAAGUGGUGGAAGAAGACAGUCUGCCAAAAGAUCAGAUUCAGAAGCCAGAGCACGUUUCAAGCAGCGAGGAUAAAAGUAAAGGUAAAUCAUCAAAGUCAACGAAUGAAACAGGACAAAUGGAGGUGGACUCUGAUAUUCAAACUGUGGACACAACGAGGAUAGACAGAGGAAUUGAAUCCGCUUUCUACACGAAUAUCUCAAACUUGCUGAGUGAUAGUGUUUUUAAUUCAACACGAUUUGAAGAAAAGCGAAAUGAAGUUAGGCAAGCGCUUCAGCACUGGACGUCUGAACCAUCAACGGAGGAUGCAUUAUCAGCAUGGAAUGCUGUAAGUACAAUAACGGACACUUCGGCAAGAGAGCUUGCAGAAAAACUCAGAUUGGUUUUAGAACCGACACAAGCUUCACGAUUAAAGGGAGACUACAGAACUGGAAAGAGGAUUAAUAUGCGAAAGAUUAUUCCGUAUAUAGCGAGUCAAUUUAGAAAAGAUAAAAUUUGGCUAAGAAGGACGAAACCUUCGAAGAGAAACUAUCAGAUCGUAUUAGCGAUUGAUGACUCGAGUAGUAUGAUCGAUAAUGAUUCAAAGGAAAUAGCGUUUGAGUCCCUUUCUUUAAUAAGCAAAGCUAUGAUGUACUUGGAAGCUGGUCAACUUGGUGUAAUUAGCUUUGGAGAAAGUAUUAAUGUUCUUCAUCCUCUUGAGGAAGUUUUCACACAGGAAAGCGGAGCAAGAUUAAUCCAGAAGCUGAGAUUUGAACAGAAGAAGACUAUGGUUGGACAAUUGAUAGAUUACAGCAUGGACGCAUUUAAUGGACAAAAUGAUUCAGUAGAGAAUGCUAAAUUGCUUGUCAUAUUGUCAGAUGGCAGAGGAGUAUUUUCAGAAGGGGCAGAAACAGUCAAUCACGCAAUACGAAGAGCGAGAUUAGCAGGUGUCUUCAUAGUGUUCAUCAUUAUUGACAAUCCAACGAACAAGGAAUCUAUAUUGGAUAUUCGACAGCCAGUUUUUCAAGCUGGAAAACUGCAAGGUGUACCUUCAUAUAUGGAACGUUUUCCAUUCCCUUUCUAUAUGAUAUUAAGGGAUAUAAAUGCACUGCCAGAUAUAUUGAGUGACGCUCUAAGGCAGUGGUUCGAAUUGAUUGGAAAUAUGGACACUUGAUGAGACAAAAAGUGGUAAAACCGAGUGUUUUAAAAUAAUGUAUAUAUGAAUAAUGUAUAUAUAUAUAUAUUGUAAUUCGAAUUUUUAUUAUAAAUAUUUGUAACAAAACUAAUUUUACUUUUAUUUUAAAUAAACUUAAAUCAACUACAGGUAUUGAAAAUAAAUAUACAGUUUUAAUGUGUAAAACGUUGAAAAAUUUGUAUACAAGGUACAAGAAAACUGAUGUAACAAGAUAGAAGGCGUACAAGAUAAAUUACAAGUUUCAAUUAAAAAAUACGUUAAAUUAA